AUGUAUGAAGACCGACUCUCACGCCUUGAACGAGCACAUAUCUCCUAUUUCGAGCCUGAGCCUUCUGUUCGGCACAGCUCUGAUUCCGAGGAAUGUCUCACUGGAGUUGAUACUCAACACAGACCUGAGGAGGUAAUUACCAACAUUGCCAACCAGGAUGGUGAAGAGGACACCCGUCAGACUAGUGAACAAGGCGGACAAGGUGAAGCUGCAAGUCCCAAGCGCAUCCCCAGACUUGGUUCACCCUUCCAAUUCAAAGACACCCAUCAGACCAGCGAAAAACACCAACAACUUGAAGACCCAAGUCCUAAGAUGCGCGUCGCUAAACUUGGUUCACCAUCUAAAUCAGAUACCCACCACACCAGCGGAAUGGACGAACAAGGUGAAGACUCAAGUCCUAAGAAACUCUUUGCUAAACUUGGUUCGCCAUUCAAACUCAAGCCUUUGCGAAAUGCAGUUCGUGCCUCUACAUCUGCAGUCCGUUCUUUCGGGGCUUCUGUCAAAGCUUCCGUCAAAGCUUCUCUCAAAGGUCAACCUCGAGCCACCCCCACCACGGUCAAUCCCUACGAUCCUGCAUCUUGGUCGUAUUAUUUUCCUUCCCCUCGCUCAUCAGCUCCUUCAUGGCAGAAGAAUCUUCCCCCUCCAGAUUGGGUGAUUCCGCCUUUCGGUAACUCCCCGACCAUCACCUUCAUUUACAGGAACCCAAAUCCUGGUCCUCCCCGAUCUCCAUCUCGUGGCGCUUUCGACACUCUUGACCGUUUUCCAUCCAAUGAAUCUCCGUACAUGCGUCCUAGCUGUUUUCCCAGGAUGCAUUCCGGUAAAUGUUUGUCUCAGAAAGUAUUUGAAGGUCCGGAUGAUUCACCGGCCCGUGUUGGUCCGUACGAAAGUUCUGCUUUUGCUUCCUCCUUUGCUUCCUCCGAUGAUAUCAUUUGUAGCGCACCUGUUGAGUCUCCCUUCGAGCGUCCUGGCUGCUAUCCCAGGGGACCUCAAGUAGAAGACUUCUCCCCGGUCCCUCCCAACGCGCCACGUCUGGCAUUUACAACGCUCUACAGAGAGCCUGGGCUCACCACGGAUGGUAAGCCAAAGACACCCGAGUGA